AUGCAAGGGAUCCACGUCAACGACAGCCGCGCGGUCGACCCGAUCACUGGCAAGCCUAUCACCGACUUCCAGUCGCCUGAUCGGGUUCAUAUUACUACGUUAGCCGUUGGCCACGAGAGCCAUGCCCUGUACGAAGCUUUAGACGACGUGACGGAUCACUUCAGUACAGCGGCGACGGCGCAAACCGAUGGUGUCUACCAGUCAGAGGCAGAGGGCCGCGCCGUUCACGUUGAUUACGUCUGCUCGGGCGACAUGGCCAACCUCCAGACGGUGUCGAAGAAGGGCUUCGCGACUGGGACGUCGGAGAACGCGCGGCCGUGUUAUUGUUGCGCGCAGACCAACAGGCAGAUGACGACGCCCAAGGUAGUUGACGACCUUUGCGACGUCUGCAGAGCAGCGGGUCGGUUAGUGUGCUACCACGCGGAGAUGUCGACGCCGGCUGCCGUAGACGAGUGGCGCGCUACGGCUGCCGCUGCGCUCACGGAGCUCAGAGGGGAGCUGCCCCCAGCCUACCGCUACAUGCGCGAGGCCAAGACUUUAAGUGCGGCGCAGCUGCGCGAGCUCGCCGCGGAGGCUGGGCUCGAUGCGGGCGGCACCUCGGCCCACUUGCACGCGCGCUUCGCUGCUUAUUGCGGUCAGCAUUGCUUGGAAUUGGAAAACCCCAACCAAAACGGGUUUUACGCAAAGUUCGACUGUCGAACUGCGACCCCAGCACAAAAAACGCAAUUUUCGCUGGUCGUGAACGAUUGUCUUGUUGAUUUCGGCCUGGCGGUGACGGGCAACCUCGGUUCGCGCGUCGAGAAGCUGACGCAGCGCCUGAAAUUGGUUGACCAAUAUUACGAACUUCAAGCGCAAUUAGAACACGCCACGCCAAAUUCUGAUGCGCUCAUCUCCCUGGUCGAGCAUAUGGUCCCGUGCGUCUUGCAUUUAGAAAACCGGACGCGCGAGAAGCUGUUGCGGCUCAUCCUCAACAAUUUAUUUGUGAUCUACGAGAAGAGCGUGGCCCUGGCGAAGCUGCGGCCGCUGGAGAAAUUGAUUAGAACGAAAGGCUUCGGCUGCCCGAACGGCCGCGAGGGCAAGUGGACGGCGCCGCUCUCCAAGGACGAAGAUUCCGUCGAGAAGAUCUCGUUGAAUUGCGGCCGCGCCCGGAAGAUCUUUGCUAACGUCGGCACGGAGCUCAUCGAGGCGUGCUUCCCGGACGACGCCAAGCGGCGGGUCGUCCUCGACCUCGUCCGCGGCUACGAGGAAUUGAUGGUGCUAUAUCGAAAACGAGAAGAUCUCACGGACGUCGAGAUUGCCAAAGCCGACGACCUCGCCCAGGAGACCUACCAUCGGCUACUGACGGCUUUCACGGCGAAGGCCCUCACGAACUACUUCCACAUGAUCGGCUCGGGCCACAUUACUGCUUAUUUGCGAAAGUACCGGAACUUGUACCGCUACUCGAACCAGGGGCAGGCGCGAACCGCGAUCUUGAUCGCCGCUUCCUCACGCGGACGCAGCGCGGCGGCCACUGCGGCCACGAGGCGACGCGGGCGACGCGCGUCGCCGCGCUGGGCAAGUGGAUGCAGCGGCGGAUGA